GUUAGCCACUUAAUAAUCCACGCCAAGAAAGUGACGUGCUUCGUUCGCCACAAAAGUCGCCAUAUUGCUUACAAACACGUUCCCGAUUUCCUUCUCCGACUUACAUAACGUUUCCCAGCGCAAGUUUUUCACGGUUUCUCCCGUUUAAUGUCUUAAAAAGCCAUGACGCAAUUCCUCCCGCCGAAUUUGCUGGCUCUUUUCGCCCCGAGGGAUCCAAUUCCUUAUUUGCCACCAGCCAGUAAAUUACCUCACGAAAAAAAGAACAGGGGAUAUGUCGGAAUUGGGGCGUUCUUAUCGGAAUUCGAGGAUCCUAAAGAUACUCCACCACCGACUCGAGUUGAAACCAGAGAGGAAAGGUUGGAACGUAGAAGGAGGGAACGAGCCGAGCAAGUCGCUUACAAAUUGGAGCAAGAAAUUGCGGUUUGGGAUCCUAAUUCCCAACCGAAUAUGACCGUUGAUCCUUUUAAGACGUUAUUUGUCGCUAGAAUUAAUUAUGACACAUCGGAAUCUAAAUUGAGGAGAGAAUUUGAAGUAUACGGACCGAUAAAAAAAAUUGUGUUAAUUCAUAAUACGAUUAAUGGUAAACCGAGGGGAUAUGCUUUUAUUGAGUACGAACACGAGAGGGACAUGCACUCUGCAUACAAACAUGCAGACGGUAAGAAAAUUGAUGGUCGUCGCGUUUUGGUCGAUGUUGAACGAGCUAGGACUGUCAAAGGAUGGUUACCUCGAAGACUUGGUGGUGGUCUUGGUGGUACAAGAAGAGGAGGUCCCGACGUUAACAUAAAACAUUCGGGUCGCGAAGACAACGAAAGAGAACGCGAACGUUACCGAUUAGAACGGGAACGAGAAGAACGCGGAGGUGGAGCUUUGGGUGGUGGUGGUGGUGGAGGAGGAGGAGGCGGAGGUGGUACCGGAAGAGAUCGUGAACGCGACCGAAACGAUCGCCUCGCGAAUUACGAACGACGACGAUCGCGAUCUCGCGAAAGAAGGAAACGAUCUUCUCGAUCGAGGUCUCCGCGUAGAGAAAACAGACGUAGAAGUCGCGAGCGUGUGCGUGAUUCGGAAGUUGAGGAGGUUGAAAGGCCACCGAGGGAAAAAGAACGCGAAAGAGAGAGGGAUCGUGAUAGGGAGAGGAAAAGGAGGCGAUCUAAAUCGAGGGAUCGCGAAAGAGAACGAGAGAGGAAACGAGAACGUAGGGAACGACGUGAAAGGGAAAGAGGUGGUGAACGAUUGGAGUACAUUAAAACGGAUGAUGGGGGUGAAAUUCGUAUUAAAGAAGAACCCCUUGAUGAUUAUCCAGAUUACACUCAAUAUCAAACGACAACCGCUUACGACGACACAAACGUAAAAUACGAAGAGGACGAAAAGAAAUUUGAACCUGACAAUUCAAACGGAAAUAGUCGUCAUUAUGAUGAUUAUGAAGAAGGGGAAGCGUAUUAAGUGAUUGAUAUCUAUAUUAGAAAAUAGUAAAAUAUAUAUAUAUUAACAAUAAGAUUAUCUUAAAUGAUAGAUGUUUGAUAAAUUGUGUUAAUUUCGUUUUAUUAUAUAUACAAAUAGUAAUAAUUAAUAAUUGUAUUGUUACAAUUAGAUUCAAUUAGAUUUAGCCCCAUUUACAAAUUGACUUUUGUAUGUUUCUCCUUUUUUCACAAUAAUUUUUGGAAUGUAUUUAAUCUUAAGGAUUGUAAUAAAGUUAUUCAAUAAUUAAA